AGAGAGAGACACACACACAAACACACACAGUUUUAGAGAGAGAAAGUCGCAAGGAGCAAAAGUUUCAAGAUCAGGAGCGGCUCUACACGCGAUGGAGCACCCACCUUUCCUUCGGCAUCCCCCCAGGUACGUUCCUCUCGCCCAUCCUCCUCCACCACCACCACCACCACCUCCAAACUUCUCCGACGACCACCGUAAUCUCUAUCCCAACCACCACCAUCUCCCACCGCCUCCGCCGCCACCACAAUCCCACCGCCCUCUUCCUCCUUUUCCACCUCCGCCGCCACUACCACCACCACCAUCUUACCUUCCCCAAUCACAAUUCACGUUUCUCAAUCGUCCCCACCCAAUCGAAGACAAGCCAAGAAAAACCCACCUCUUUGAUUUCACCCGCCACCACUCACCACCGCCUAGGGUUUCCACUCGAACCCUAAUUGAUGACGAUCGUCCCCGUCUUCGCAUACCCGAAUUUGACAAUUCAUACCCAGAUUCUCGGCAUGAUUCUUGGGUGGAUCCACCUAGGUUUCCGACCCAAGAUCGAUCGGCAAGGCCGGUCUCUCUCGGUUUCGACCAUGAACCUCAUCACCAUCGAUCCUUUGAUAAUCAAACAUCCUUAUCAACCCAUCUCAUGUCCAAUAAAUAUUUGCAUAAAGUAGAAGGUAGUUCUAGGUUUAAAGAUGAUUUCAGUAAUAGGUUUAAGCAUAAUAACACUGAAGAGCUCUUUUGGGGUAGAAACAGUACUCGUCGUGGUGAUGAUAGUUAUGAUUAUAGUCGUGGUCGUGAUAAUUAUAUAUUGAAUUCUAGUGGAUCUUCUAGGAAUUCUGCAUUAGGUGAUUUUUCACAUGUAUCUAGUCCUAACCCGUCAAGGGAUUUUGCUGGUAAUUUGGGAAAGUAUGAAUCUUGUUAUGGUUCGGUGCCAGAUAAUGAGAGGAUGUGGAAUAGUAGAGAUGAAAAUCGGAGAGGGGUUCAUUCUCGCUUGUCCUCAAGAGAGCUGCCUAAAAUUCAGAUGGAGAUGGAGGGCAAUAAGUAUGGUAAUGGUGAUGAGAAUCAAGUUUUUUCCAUGGGACGAGGUACUCGUACUUAUGAUUCGGGUAAAUUCAGUGGUAGGGGGAGUAGGGAAGGAACCCAAGAUUUUGUUCCGUGGAAACAAGUACAGAAGAAGAGUGCUUUACUUAGGAUUCAGUUGGGUAAACCUAACAAUAGGAAUAGAACUGAAGACCGCCUUUUUUCUUCAGUUUAUUUUGAUGAUUCAGCUCCUAGUACUCUUAGAGGUAGGGGUCCCCUUGAUUAUUUGGAUCACAGUAUGGAAGAUGAUGGAGAGGGAAGUCCAGUAGAGCUUGAUGUCUCUUUUAAAUCUAAUGCAUUAGUAGCCAAGGCCAUUGCGGCUCCUCCAAGUCAAUCGGUUGUUUCUGACAGGAAUCUAACACCUAGGAAUAGGAAGAUUAGGAAUGGAAUGGGCCUUUCAUAUUCACCACUAACCAAACUCAGUGAAAAUCAUGUGGAAUCGGACAGCUAUAUACAUGUUUCAGAGUAUCCAUCCAGUUCUUACAAGGGCUCAAAGCAGUCGGAGGAAAAGGUUAUGGAUUCUGGUGGCGGUGCUGUGUGUGAUAUUGAUUCACAGCCUUGUUUUAAUGGGCCCAAUGAUUUACCUAGAGAUAGCAGAUUGAAAGGAUCAUUUUCAGACAAGGCUGGUAACAGCGUUGGUUCUGAAGGAACCUGUUUACUCAGGGCCAGGAAAAAGAAGAGAGUUGUAAGCUCUCUUUCACGUGCAUCAAGUUCUGAACCAACAAAGAAAAAUUUUGAGCCUGUCAAUGUGGAUUUCUCCUCAAAUAGUCCAUCUGCAGCCUCUCGGCCUGACGGGAGUGUAAUGCAUUCAAAAGAGAAAUUCACUUCUGCUGGUAUGGGGGCAAUGCGUGAGAUUGUUUUUCAGUCUUCUCCAAAUGAUGUAUCUGCAUUGCUUGAGAGUUCUGAAGUCGCUGAAAUAGUUUCUGAGACAGAUGGCACUAACAAUCAUUCUGGCAGGACAUAUCUAUCGGAUACUAAGAGAAAGAGAAAUAGUUCAGACCCUCCUUUGGGUUCCUCAAGUCCCCUGGAGACCAGAACUGAUAAGGAUGCCGUAAAUGCAGAUGGAGCAGUUGAUGGCUUGCAUACCAUAUCAAAUUCUGUCAAUGGUCUAAUUGAAUUACACAAUGGAAGUACAUUUUAUGAUCACGACAAUGGUAGGGUGGAUGGUGAUAGCCAGCAGUCUUGUCAGAAUGGACUCCCUGUACUGCUCGAGAGUGGUCUUGUGAAAGGAUCUUUGGAAUCUAUGGUUUCAGUUGGAGACAGGGUUAAUGCCGCUACAUCAAGUGUGGAGACAAUCACAAUUCAUCAAUGCCCCGUCAAUACAUAUAGCUCUGUCAAUGGUCUGCACAAUGCUUCUAGCUCUGACAAUGGAUUUAUUAAAAGACCAGAGAAAAUUUCUGUUUCAGGUUUUGAUGCUGGUUGGGAGCCACCUUUGUUAAAUCAAGUCACUGUAGCUCUUGAAAAUGGUGCCAUGGAAGAAUUUUCAAAGACUAUUCCCUCAGUUAGAAGCAAUACUGUUGUUGGUUCAUCAAGUGCAGAGAAAACCAAAAUUCAUUCCGCUACUGUUAAUGUGGAUGGCUCCAACCAUGAUGCAAUUACUACCUUAAUUUCCAGCAACGGUCUUACUGAUUCCGAAGGGAAAGUUACUGUUUCUGACGCUGGUCCUAUCGAUGAUAGUAGCAAGCAUUCAUGUUUGGAUGAGGCCACUAUAUUACUUGGGAAUGGUUUCGUGGAGGUACCACCAAAUGUUAAGGUUUCAGUGGAAGAUGGUUUAACUGUUAAUUCUGGUGAGGAGCAUACAGCAAAGGUUACAAGGAAGAGGAAAAUUGGGAAUAAGUUGGGUUUGUCAAGUCCAAGCACAGGUGAUGUACCUUUGACAACAGUUACUUCAGAACAUUCUUUAGAUACACCCUUAAGUUGUCCCGACAAGGAUCUUGUUUUCACAGAAGGAGAAGUUAUAGUUUCUGGUGAUGGGAGAAUUGAUGCUAGCUCACAACCUUGUACAGACAACAUUAGCAUUUUCAAUGGGAACAGUUUAAUUGAAGGAUCCCAGGCUGAGCUUUCAGUUAGAGGUGGUGUUAUUUCUGGUCCAGAUGGGAUUACUCCAAUUUGUAAUAAGAAGCGGAAAGUCUUGGCUCCAAGUUUGUUUUCUCAAAUGCUGCCUGAUAUCCAGGAGGGGCCUGUAAAUGCUGACGCUUGCAUAUCCAGUGCAGACAUGCCCUUAAAUAUUGACAAGGGCUUAACAGAAUCAGAAGAUAAAAUUGCAGUAUCUAGCAUUGAUACAAUUUGUUCUGCUGGUUUGCCACCUUAUUCAAAUUCGAUCACCAAAUUGAACAAAGGCACUGCAACUGGGGGAUCAUUCGAGUCGAUGAACUUGGUAGGGGAUGGCUUUACUGAUAAUACUUCAAAUCUUGAGCAUGAGUCUCCUUGUCCAUCAGGGUUGGGGAGUGAGCAGAAAGAAAUGGCGGCCCUUGGCAUGGCCACAGCCAACCUUCAAAGUGACAUUGAUAUGGAAAGCGGAAGUAGAGGAGAAACAACUGCUGCUGCACCUGCCGUUGAAGAGCAUGGUAUGCUUCACAUUGAAACCGCUCAGCAUGAAAUUCCUUUACGAACUCGGGCCUUAGACUGGGAAAAGGUCCACCCCGGUGCGGAUAUUGAAUGCAACAGUAAUCUGCUUGUAAAGAAUGAUUUCUUCUCUGUUUCAGACAUACCAUCUUUGUGUGCCGAUCACGAUGUGGUCUCUACUACCAACUCGAGUGAUGAUCCUAUGGAGUCUGUGCCUGAUACACUAUCUACUAUGGGUUCUCCAGAAACCUUGAAUUUGGGUUCACAUGUGUUCUUUGCCAAAUCAUCAUUUAGCCAAAUCUCAAAUGAAGAAGUUUGUGGUGAUGACCAAAAACAAAACACCAAUAUUAACGUGAAAUCAGGUCAUGCUAUGGUAUAUGAUACAUCACUACUGUCUCAGGAUACCAUGAAAACCACUCAGACUACGAUUUCCAAGAGUGAGAAACUGAACAUUGGAAAGAACCAGGCGACAUCUGCAGUCCCUAGGGUUUUUCCAGGUCAAUCAUUUUUACAUUUUAACACUUCAAAGAAGACUGUGCCUUCAAGCCAAACAGCAAAACCCCGAACCUGGCAUCGUACGGGUAAUCCCUCUGCUUUUCUUCCAGGAAAGAACUCUCAUUCAAGCCACAUUCCUCCACAAGGGCAGUCGUUUAGAUUUUUUGGAAAGGUUCAGAGUACUUCUUAUAUUCGUAAAGGCAAUAGUCUUGUAAGAAAACCUUCUCCGGUUGCUGCUCCUCCCCAUGGUUCCCAUGUUUUUAGUUCCUCUGUCUAUCGGUUGAAUCCUUCGGGUAAAAAUGAUAUAAAGAAAAGCACAGGAUCUGAGAGCAGGGUUGACGUUAUUGACCCACCGAAUUGCUUGAGAGCAGGAUUGAAUGCUACCGCUGAGAGGCCCAAAACGCCACCAUUACCCUGCAGCACCAAAUUAUCUAGUUGCACAACCAUUUCUUCACGGGAUUGUACAUCUUCGUCAUUGGCAGAUCCUCCCCAAAGUGGUGGCACUGAAAUUACAUCAGAUCAGCUUACAGAAAAUAUGGAUAUACACAAGUCUUCUGAGGAUGCUCCAAAAAUUUCUGGAACUCCUGAGAAUCAAAGUGGUCUGACCAACAAUUUGGAAGGCCAGAGUGCAAGAGAUGAAGGAAAUUCGGCAUCUGUAACAAUGAAGAAGAUAAUGUAUGUAAAGAGAAAAUCAAAUCAGUUGGUUGUGGCUUCAAAUUCCAGUGAUCUGUCCAUUCAGGAUGCAAAUAAGACUCAAGUUUUAUCAUCCAAUGGCUACUACAAGAGGAGAAAAAAUCAGCUCAUCAGAAAAUCGUUAGAAAGUCACACCACUCAAAGAGUUGCUGUUGCUGAUGAAAGUUUAAACUCAGAGGAGCAAAGAGCUUCCAAGGUUUUUGCAGGCACAAGUUCUAGUAAGAGGCGAUCUGGUAAAGGUUUAGCGAAGACAUAUAAACCUUCAAAAUUCUCCUUGGUUUGGACACUAUGUGAUACGCAGUCAUCAAAGAAAGAUAAUUCAUUGCAACAUCAGAAGAUGUUGCCACAGCUGUUUCCAUGGAAAAGAGCAACAUACUGUAGAAGUUUCAUGCAUAAUUCGGCAUUGAUUUCCAAUAAUAGCUCCCUAUCUUCUAUCAGUCGAAAAUUGCUUCUCUCAAGAAAGAGAGACACAAUUUACACAAGAUCAAUGCGUGGAUUUUCGCUUCGGAGAUUGAAGGUGUUGAGCGUUGAUGGGACUAGUUUGAAGUGGUCAAAAUCUAUUGAAAGGAACUCGAGAAAAGCUAACGAGGAGGCCACACUAGCAGUUGCCGCGGCAGAGAAGAAGAAAAGAGAACAGAAUGGUGCUGCUUGUGUUCUUGCUGGCACAAAGAGUAGAAAUCAUUCUUCCCGGGAGAGGAUAUUCCGUAUUGGUUCAGUCCGAUACAAAAUGGAUCCUACAAGACGGACACUUCAGAGGAUUUCAGAUGAGGAGCUGUCACGUUCAGAUGCUCUCCAAUUUGGGAAGAAUGCCAAGAAACCUUAUGUUCCAAGGAGAUUAAUGAUUGGCAAUGAUGAAUAUGUGCGAAUUGGCAAUGGUAACAAGCUGAUUAGAGAUCCAAAGAAACGAACUCGCAUCUUGGCUAGUGAGAAAGUUCGAUGGAGUUUGCACACUGCCAGAUUACGGUUGGCCAGAAAGAGGCAAUACUGUCAGUUUUUUACGAGGUUCGGGAAAUGUAAUAAGGAUGAUGGAAAAUGUCCUUACAUUCACGAUCCCUCUAAGAUUGCUGUCUGUACAAAAUUUUUGAAUGGAUCAUGCUCCAAUCCGAACUGCAAAUUGACUCACAAGGUCAUUCCCGAAAGAAUGCAGGAUUGUUCUUAUUUUCUGCAAGGUGGGUUUUUCUAUAUUGUAUUUCUUUCCUGUCAAAUUCUUAAUAUGCAAAUUCUGACUCAUUUCGUGGCAGGAUUGUGCAACAAUGAGAGUUGUCCUUAUAGACAUGUAAAUGUGAAUCCAAAUUCCUCUAUUUGUGAAGGUUUUCUCAGGGGCUAUUGUGCUGAUGGAGAUGAGUGUCGAAAGAAGCACAGCUAUGUCUGCCCUAUCUUUGAAGCAACCGGAAUCUGUCCUCAAGGUUCCAACUGCAAGCUUCACCACCCUAAAAAUCGAACCAAGGGAAAGAAAAAGAAACCUCCGAGAGAACAGAAAAACACUCAAGGGCGUUAUUUUGGCUCCAGGCAUAUAGACUUUGCCGAGUGCAGAAUGACUCUGUCUGAGAAGCACUCUGCAAAGGAUGAUGAUGACGACAUUUUCUUUCAAGAAGGGAGAUUUGCUGAUUAUAUCAGCCUCGAUGUUAGUGAUGAAGAAGAUGGAGAAACUGGUGAUUCAGCAAGAGAGCGAACAACCCUGUCUGAUGGUGACUUUGCAGAUGCACAAGUGGAUGAGAUAAUUAAACCUAUCCGUAUUAUGAAUAAAAAUCUCACGACUGAGUCAUCUCCGGCUACGAAUUGCCCGAGUAAGAAAACUCCAAGCUACGUCUCAGAGGAAUCUAAUUUGUUGUAAAUGAGGUGAUGCAGUUAGGUAUAGUCCUGAUUCCUGCCAUUGCAGAGUAAUUUUGGUUUUUUCUUUUUUUUUUUUUUUUGUUUUUUGUUUUUUGUUUUUUUUUUGGUCUUUUGUAUUAUCUACAUUGUACAUUAGUAACAUUACUCUUGUAGGAAUAUACAAAAUAUUGUAAUAGAAGUUGUAUUUGAGAA